AGAUGUCGGAGGCCGGGUCUGUCACCAGGGACCUCUUCAUCAAGACCCUCCUGUACCAGCAGAUGCCCGGACCUCGGCCGGCAGCCGGGCUUUUCCCGAUCACCGAGCCUAUGGGGGAAGAGGUCUGGGACCCCAUGGACUGUCUGGAGGGCAGUAACCAGGUGGCCCUGUGGCUGGUGUGCAUCGGCGACGAAAUGGACCAGCGCCUCCGAAGUCCUCGCCUGGCCCAGCUGCCGGGGAUGGCCAUACACAGCCUGGCUCUGACCUACAGCCAGAUGGGUGUCUGGGGAGUGCUCCGACGCCUCAUCCGUGGGGUCGCCCACCUGAGGGCGCACAUCAGGGCCUGGAGACCCCCCAUCCCCCGCCUCCAGGUGUCCCCUGGCCAGGUCCGCAGGCAGAUGCUGCCCGCAGUGCUGCUGCUCUGCGGAGCCCUGCAGCUGCUGCUCCAGUGAGGCGGGGCGGGGCGGGGCCGGUCCCCGCCCCUCGGCCAAUGCUUGCCAUGCUGCCCGGGAGGUGGCCGGCUCCUCCUCCAUGACGUUUUCUGAUGAUCACUUUUUAAAUAUUUAAUCUCGAUAGUGCUGGGUCACUGCUGAGGUUUCCUAUGGUGGUUUUUUUUCAUGUUUUUAAAGACAAAUUCAUUUUACCUCUGGGGUGUCGCUGGCUGGGCCCCCACUCUCCUGACUGCAGCCACCGGAGGUGCUGUGGGCCUGGGGGGAGUGCAGGCCACACCCCCAUGCCCAGCAGAAAAUCUACUGGACUAGAUUUCUAAGGGAGAGGUCUCAAUAAAAUGUCA